AACAUAACAAAUGGGAAAAUAAUUGUGGAUAAACACACAGCCUACUUUCGUUGCGAUGAAGGAUAUCGCCUGGUAGGAAAUUCCAGUUCCACGUGUACGCAAUGGAAGUGGACCUCUGAAGCGCCGAGCUGUGAACUUAUAGAUUGUGGACAUUUUCCAACGACCUCACAUGGUACCGCGUGGUCCACAGCAACCACAUACGGAUCAACGACAACAAUCACGUGUAAUACAGGCUACAUUUUGAACGGAAGCAACACUUCCACAUGUGGAAAAAGUGGAUUGUGGACCAGCACUGGCCAGACAUGUUCACCCGUCGACUGUGGCCAUUUUUACACACUGUUUAACGGGAGCGUUUCAACAACUGCCACCACAUUUGGAUCCAUAGCAACAAUAACGUGCCAUACAGGAUACAGUCUUAACGGCAGCAGCACGUCAACGUGUGCGAGCAACGGACAAUGGAGCAGCACUGGUCAACGGUGUACAUUAGUCGACUGCGGACCAUUUUAUCCACCUACGUACAGCCAUCUGUCUACUGGAUAUACUACAUAUAAUUCAACCGUGACAAUAACCUGUUUUCCGGGCUACACACUUACUGGCAAUAGGAUUUCAAAAUGCGAUGGAAAUGGGCAGUGGAGUUAUAAAGACCAGAAAUGCGUGCUUCAAACCGUAUUUCUAGAAGUUCCAGAGGAAAGUUGUUCAUCUGAUGACAAUGAGACGUGCACAUGUGAAAACAGUUCUACCAUGCAACCCGUGAAACCAAAUGCCACAUUUGAUAUGAGACAUGAAAGCAAUGUAACUUUUCCCACUAGUGGCCAAGGUGACUCCUGUUACAUAUUGAGGUGGGAAAACACAUCAGUUGCGAACAAUAUAAGUUUCAUAAUGAUAUCAUCCAUUCUUCAACCAGGGCUAUAUAAAAUAAGAUUACACCAGCUGUUUCCAUCUGGAGCAAUACUUGUCACGGUUGACACGGAAAACAACGAAACCUAUGAUUUAGACAUGUUUUGGAAAUACAUUAAACAAGAUAAAUUAUGGAUAAAUGAAACCUUUACUUUUAUUGAAGAAAAACAUUUCAGGUUUGUACUCCGUGCUAACGAAUCGAAAGAUGGGCUUCUUGGAAUCGAUAGCAUACAGCUAUUUAAAGCGUGUGACGUUCUUAACAUUACUCACGGACAUAUAACUGUGGGCAACAACACAGCCUUUUUUCUCUGCGAUGAAGGAUAUCGCCUGGUAGGAAAUUCCAGUUCAACUUGUACAAACUGGACUUGGAACUCUAAAGCUCCGACAUGUGAACUGAUAGACUGUGGAAGUCCUGUAGUGCCAUCAAAUGGUCAUGUAACAUCAAGUUUCACGUCUUAUGGAUCUAUUUCAACCGUCAGUUGCAGCUCUGGCUAUAUUCGAAAAGGAAUAUAUACGGGAGUUUGUAGAAGCAAUGGGAAAUGGUCCAACGAAAAUACAACCUGUAUAUCAAUCAAUUCUACCAUGUCAAGUGCGGUUUAUCCUGGGUGUUCAAAUCAAGGAUGGUACAUCCGAGUCAAUCUGACAUUGCUGCGUAGUUUGUUUCCGAAUUACAAGGAUGAAAUACACAUUUAUCUUGGGAUUUCUUCAUGUGUAGGCAGUGAAGUAUAUGAAUAUCUUCUGUUCGACAAGUUCUUCCAAGAAUGCAUGACGCAAAGAAAGGUUUCAGCUAAUCUAAAUAUCUUCGAGAACCAAAUGGUGCUAAUAUUCGACCCCCAAAACAGUUCUGCGUCCAACCCAUUCAACUGGACAUUGAAAGUAGAUUGCUAUGCUGUCGAUAAAAAUAUUAUUACCAGCAUCUCAACAAACCAAUUGCACAGCGCUGAGAAGAGCAUAAGCAUUUCUGUCUUCAGUGACCCCCUCUUUAGGGUAGUAUUACCUAGUCACCCACUGCACAUGCAAUCAGGCGAUAAGGUGUAUGUAAAGGUUUCCAGUUCUAUCCUUGAUCCAGAUAUUAAGCUCUUGCUUAAAUCAUGUUACGUCCGACCUGCGUUGGAAAGUGAUUCACGGCUGGACAUUGUACUUAUAGAAAAUGGUUGCGAGGUAGAGAGCAGCACCCAUAUGAUUUCCGUUGAAGCCCACGAGAUCCAAUUCAUGUUCCUCAACUACGCGUUAGUUGCUCUCCGUGAAGGAAUGAAUAUCCUCUGUGAUGUAGCUUACUGUAACGCCAUAGACCACUCCGUGAACUGUUUUCAGACAUGCAGUGGGAUGUUAAGGCCUGUUAUCAUUGGCUGAGAACUGUUAUCAGGGACGGGAACAGGGCGCACGUGUCUCCCCUGUCCCCCCUCAACAGCUGACUCCAAAUAUAAUCAGAGGCGUUUUUUACAUUUGAAUUGCAUAGACAAUUUACAUAAACAUAUGUGACAGUGGAUAUGGAAAAUGGGUAUUAUGGCUUAAAAAUCACAUUUUAAUGUUUUACUUAUAUUUUAUUUCAACAUUCUGUUAGAAACAAACCGCAAAAAAUCAGGUUUCGAUGAUUAUUAGUUUUCGAGAUAUUGACCUUAACGUAAUACCGCUGUUUAGUGCAAAAUGGUCCGUGUAUAUACCGUCUUUUCCUUUUUCAUUUAACAUUCGAAACAACGAAACACGAAAAUCAACGCAUAUAAGUUCAUAUUCCGUUUUUCUAAUAACCGAAACUUAAACAAAAUACGAAAACAAAAUUAAUUUCUUUAUAUCGUUUUUCGUUGUACUUAUUAUAAAACAAAAAACGAAAUUGAUUUCCCUGUUCAUAUUUUGUUUCAA